AUGGGUGGAGUUGCUCUUACAUCCGCCAUGUCUCCUAUGGUGUUUGUUCCCUCUACUCCUUCUAGGGCAGAUAUUGCCAUUCUCCAACAAUCAGGUAAUAUUGGUCUAUCUCUCCUUACUAUUGAUUCUCAAAAGGACCAUGUCUGGUUUCUUGAUUCUGGAGCUACUGAUCAUAUGAAUUUUGAUGCUUCUCUUCUUCACCAUCAUUGUUCUCCUGCUUGUUUUACUGUUGAUAAUGCCAGUGGUGUGCCCUCUCUGGUCACUAGUGUUGGAAGCAUUGAUUUGACUCCCUCUCUCACAUUGGACCAUACUUUAUUGAUUCCUACGCUCUUUGUUAUAUAUCCGUAA